CCCAAUGCUUAAAUUCCUGGAGUAGACUUGACAUGCGUGUGUAUUUCUGCACUUACGUAUGCAGGGGAUGCAUUCAUCCACAACACUGUCCGCUCCAAAAUCGACCACAGGGGUGAUUGUUUCUGCUCCGACACCAUGAAGUCAACAUGCCUGCCAGCCUCUCUGCUGCUGCUGCUGCUGCUGCUCUUCUUGGAGAUGAGCUGUGCGUCUCCCCUGGAAAGCAACAAGCCCAACUUUGUCCUGAUAAUGGUGGACGACAUGGGAAUUGGAGACCUGGGCUGCUAUGGCAAUACAACACUGAGGACCCCCAAUAUUGACCAGUUGGCACAGGAAGGCGUGAAGCUCACUCACCACAUCGCCGCAGCCAACCUGUGCACGCCCAGCAGGGCAGCAUUCCUCACCGGACGCUACCCGAUACGAUCAGGUAUAGCUGGUUUUCAAUAUCCUGGGGUCUUUGUAUUUAAUGCAGCAUCCGGAGGUCUUCCCAGCCAGGAGAUGACCUUUGCAAAGAUUGCAAAACAACAAGGCUACGAGACGGCUCUAAUAGGAAAAUGGCACCUUGGACUUAACUGUGAACGCAGAGACGAUCACUGCCACCACCCCAGCGUCCACGGCUUCGACUACUUCUUCGGUAUCCCGCUGACCAACCUGCGGGAAUGCCAGCCAGGACACGGCGCCGUGAUCAACCCCAUUAAAUAUAUACCAUACGAGACACUGGCCAUUGUAUUGGUCACCGCAGCCGUACUCCACUACUUCAGCAUCCUCACCAUCCCCAGAUGGCUGAUUUGGAGCCUGCUGUCUCUGACCCUCGUGGCCACGGCUCUGUUUAGAGGAUUCAUGAUGAUCAUCCCGUACAUGAACUGUGUUCUCAUGAGGGACCAUAGAAUUGUGGAGCAGCAAUUCACGUCUGAAAACCUGACACAAGCAAUGACUAACGAGGCCGUGGACUUCAUUGAGAGCAACUCAGCGAAGCCUUUCCUGCUGUUUUUGUCUUUCAUCCAAGUGCACACGGCCGUGUUUGCUUCGGCAGCGUUCAGAGGAUCAAGCCAACACGGCCUCUAUGGAGAUGCCAUCCAUGAGGUGGACUGGAGUGUAGGUCAGAUGGUGAACACUCUGGAAAGACUCAAACUGAGAGAAAACACUCUGGUUUACUUCACUUCAGACCAGGGGGCUCAUCUGGAGGAAGCCCUACAUGGAUCCAAUGGAAUAUAUAAAGCAGGGAAAGGCACAAACUGGGAGGGAGGGAUCCGGGUCCCCGGGAUUGUUAGCUGGCCAGGAAAAAUCCCCGGUGGCGUAGAGAUAGACGAGCCCACCAGCAACAUGGACCUGUUUCCGACAGUGGUACACCUGAGUGGAGCUUCAGUCCCAGAGGACAGGGAGAUCGAUGGUCAUGACCUCAUGGAUUUGCUCCAGGGGAGAGUUGAAAGGUCCAACCACGAGUUUCUGUUCCAUUACUGCAACGCCUACUUUAAUGCAGUCCGAUGGCACCCCCGAAACAGUAGCUCAGUGUGGAAAGCCUUUUACUUCACACCGAACUUCGACUCAGAGAACGCGACGACAUGUGUCAACACACAAAUCUGCUUUUGCACGCCGGGCUGCGUGACCUAUCACGAUCCUCCGCUCCUCUUUGACCUCUCGAAGGACCCGUCGGAGACCACGCCGCUGACGCCUGACUCCGAACCGGCCUUCGAGUCCAUCGUGUCUGUGAUGGCGGAGGCCGUGGAGAGGCAUCGGAGAUCGGUGAAGCCCGUGGAGAACCAAUUAUCUGUAGGGAAUUUGAUGUGGAAGCCCUGGCUGCUGCCCUGCUGCUCCACACUUGGACAGUUAUGUCAGUGCCAGAAUUAGCAGCAUGAGCAGCAGGACCAGUAGGACCUCGCUGUACCUCGAACAGAAGGUCAUUGCAGUCACAUAUGGGACCUCUUUCCAUGAAAAAUAUCCUAGAUACAAUUCAAAAUAAGAUUUAUUUGACAUGUUAUUCAGUAGCAGGUUGGAUCUUUAGAUAUUUUGGGCUUUUCAAUUCAAUUUAAUUAGGGCCCGGGCACUGACAGGCACUGACAGGUGAGGCCCUAUUGAAAUUGUAAGGAUUAUUAUUAUUCAGGCAAAUGAAUUGGCUUUUUGAGGGCUUUAACAUGCUCAAAUUCUUACCAAAAUUUGCAGAAGGUUAGAAAGUGGUGAAAAUGUACUUAUUCUGGAGGAAUUUUCAAUGGGCGUCGCAAAAUGGCUCAACGGUGACCCCCGGAACGUGUUCACAUUGAACGAUCUUCACAAAAUUCGAUACACAUGUGUAUCAUGACCAGUCAAACAAAAAAGUUUUUAGAUCCAAUUGGAAAAACACAACAGGUGCCAGCUAUAUUCCAUUAAAUUUCAUUUUAAUUUGGUGUAGUGGAAAUCUGAAAAUAAAGAUCGCACAACAGACCCCUCCGUGUAUAUUUUAUUAUUAGAAGCUUCAAACCUUUGUAAAGGGGUUGAUACAGAGACAGAGUUACCGAGAGUCUGCCAGAGAUUGACACAGUCUUUUUUAUGCUCUUGAUGUUAUCUGGUGGGAAGUGGAUGAAAACUUGAUGUCCUAUGCAUUGAUGUCCUGAGAAAUGAUAAGGUCUGAGAAAAAACUCUCUCAUUUAAACAAAUCCAGAGUGAUGUUUUUCCUGUUUUGCAAAAGCUCUUGUAUUAUUGCCUGUUUAGACCUAAAAUAUUUGAGACCUAAAACCUGGCUCAUUCUGUCUCACUCAUCUCAGAAUAUUCCAAAUGAUGCCCAGCCCUUAUUUGACACUGAGCAUCUGAUGAUGUGAAGCAUCAUAUAACUACAUAAUUAACAAACCCCUAAAAAAAAACAUGAAAUAGCUUUAGUAUGUAAAUCAAGAAGAAAACAGACACACAUAGAGAGAUGUACCCACUGUUUCCCCACUGGUAUUAUGUAAGCCCUCCUGUUGGUUCUCUUAAUGAGUCUCAAUUAAGGCUUCCCUUAAAUUAAAGUUUCCACUCGGGGCUCAGCUUUUUUUGUACAUUACAUUUCCAGUUCUUCUUGUUGGAAAACUCACUCUCGGUAAUGAAGCACUAAAGGGGCCUGCUGUAUGGGAACAGGCCAAAUGCCAAAAGAGAACGUUUGUUAGCAUAAUUAUUCAGCUGCUGACUGAAAGGAGCCGUAUGCACCUGCAAUGUGCUACCGCCCUGAUAAGUGUGUUCAAAUCCACGGAAAAGCCCGAGAACGUCAGCUCACAGAGGAGAACACUUGCCAAGUGUGAGUCACUGCAGAGAGACAGUAUGAAGGGUCACCAGAGGUGUCAAAUAACGAAGUACAAAUACUUAAAAAUAGCCUUGUUACUCCUAUUUAACUAUUGGCUUGUUUUCAUUUCGGUUUGUCAUCGUUGGGUGCCAUGCUCAACCAGAGUCGAAUCAAGAUUACAAUACAGGAUUGAGUCCAAAGGUCUCAAGGUCUCUUCCAAUAAAGGUUAUUGAUAACA